AUGGCUUUGGAGUGGAGGAGGAUCCUCCUUGACAUUGUGGUCCUGGCCCAGGACAUAAGCAUUCAUUCAGCCCUCAAGAAUGUGUUGGUGCAAGGAGGCAUGGAACCAGGGGUUCAAGAGACAAUUUACUUGUUCGAGAAGGAGCAGAUCUCCAGGCUGCGGAAGGGAGAAGAAUUACUCAAAGCUCCGAUGAGCAUGGGGGAGAAGGCAUUAUUGAAUUGGGAGCAUGGCAUUUUUACCAUAUCCAUCAUUCUGGGCGUACUUAUUGCCCUCGUUCUGGUUACCUUCACCGUGAAGCACAUUCGGCUGGCUUGCCGCGAGGAAUCAUUCCGAAAUCACUUCGGAGGUCGAGUUGGAAAUGAUAGGAGAGAACUCCUGGCGACCACGGACUUGUCUUCGUCCUUGGGCAAGAUAGAGGAAUCUUCCAUUUAUCGUGCUGAUGUAUAGAAACGAGAUCCCUGUGCAUUUGUAUGCCAUCAUCUCAUACCCUCAUUUCUUAUGAAUCUCGACUGGUGACUCUGAAUCUUAUGACUUCAACUGAUGUGGUUAGAUAUGAAACAGCCGGUUAAUUAUCAUACGGGAUUUUUUUGUGUAGGGGUCUCCAGUGUUGUCUAGAAUAUAUCAAAAGGGGCCUCACUCAUUCCUUCGAUAGGUAGAUUUAUAGGUAGAUAGAUGAAAUUAUAGAUAGAUAUUACUGCAGACUUGCUAGUGAAAUUUGAAACUACUCGCAUUCAUAGCAUUACAGCUGACUUUUUCGAGUUUCUUGUUUGUUGAUAUAGAUAAAUGAAAUUAUAGUUCUAUAUCGUUGCAGACUUCCUUAAGAAAUUUGAAACGACUCGCAAUCAUAGCAUUACUUCAGCUGACUUUUCCGCGUUUCUUUUAUUUGUUGAUUUUCUUCCCUUUUUUUGGGUAUCUUGCCUAGCUCCAGUGCGAAUCCAUGAAUGAAUGUCCUGACGGUAUGACAUAAUUUGCCAUUAUGGUAGCCUCUGUUGGGUUUCUUAUGGCUGUGAUUGUUGGGUUUACUGCCUAAACCCCGGUAUGACUCGAAUAAAUAGAAAAUUGUAUCUUCUA